AUGGUAGGACAUCUAUUUGUAGACAGUCAUUCGUUGGAGGCCAUCGAGAAGGUGGAUGGCAUGCAGAUCGGCGAGAAGACGGUGGGGGUGGGCGUGGGUCACUUCGUGAAGCGUUCCGAGCGUUCCUGGGGCGCCAACGGAGAGACGGACGCGGGUGACAAGCCCACCAUGAACACCUUCACGAACGUGUAUAUCAAGAACUUCCCUACUGAUUGGGAUGAGGAGAAAGUCAAGACCGAGUUUGGCAAGUGCGGCAAGAUCACCUCCGCGUUCCUCUCCGCCGACAACAAGGCACCGUUUCCGCGACGGCACCGGCGGAUGGUGGGGGGCCGCAAGUUCGCCUUCUUGAACUUCGAGACCCACGAGGAAGCGAAGAAGGCCAUUGAUGAGAUGCAUCAGAAGGACUUCCGCACGGAGGAGCAAAAGGAGGCCGACAAGGAGAAAGAGGAAGAGGAGAAAGACAACGCUGAAAAGAGCUACCUCCUCUAUGUGAACCGCGCGCAGAGUAAGACGGAGCGCGCUCUGGAGCUGAAGGAGAAGAUGCCAGCCAGGGAACCCGCUGGCCGAAGUCAGGGAGUGAACCUGUACAUCAAGAACUUGGACGAACAGACGGACGACGACUCCUUGCGCGGGCUCUUUGAGUCCUUCGGAAACAUCACCUCGGUCUGUGCCAUGAAGGAGCCCAGCGGCAAAUGCAAGGGCUUUGGCUUCGUGUGCUUCAGCAGCCCCGAUGAAGCCACGAAGGCCGUCACCGAGAUGCAUCUCAAGGUGGUCAAGGGAAAGCCGCUCUAUGUGGGCCUGGCCGAGAAUCGGGAUGUGCGCGCGGAGCGCCUCCGCCAGCGAUACUCCCCCGCCGGCGUGGGGAAGGGCAAGGGCAAGGGCAAGGGCGGUAUGGGGAUGUAUGGAAAUCCCAUGGGAGGGAUGGGAGGUGUGUCGAACGCGGAAAAGGCCGGUGUUUUCGAAGCCCAACAAGCACUGGACUCCUGGUUCUCUAUGGCUUUGGAAGGAGAGGAUGGGCCAGAAGGGCAAGGGCGGUAUGCCCAACAUGCCGAUGAACCCUCAGAUGAUGGGCACUGCACUCAGCCGGGCAUGCCCAGCCAGGGCCCGGCACAGGCUCCACCGGCCAACACGGGUGGAGGUCAACAGCUCACUGCGGCCGCGCUGGCUGCAGCCCCCCCACCGGCCACUGGGCAGUUCGGGGGGAAGAAGGGCCCCUGGGGACCGGUGGGGGUGGUGAGAGUGGACGUGUUCGGCAGUGGUGAGUGGAGCCAGUGGAGCUGGAGCGUUUGGGUCGUGCAGAAGCAGAUGAUUGGCGAGCGGCUUUUCCCCGCGAUCUCCAAGCACCAACCUGAGCUGGCUGGCAAGAUCACAGGCAUGAUGCUGGAGAUGGACAAUUCCGAGCUUUUAAUCCUCCUGGACAGCGAGCACCAACUCAAGGCGAAGGUCGAUGAGGCCAUGCGUGUCCUGGAGCAGGCCAAGUACCUUUGCCAGAACAACGUUCUCCUUCGGCCGAUGCGCGAGAUGCGUUGCGCAGAUGCGCGUAGUGCAUUGCGCGGAUCUUUGGAGCGGAUGUUUUUCAGAUGGCCCAAAAAGGCCAAAACCCAUCAGAGAAAAGCUGUCCAAACUCUUACCUGUAACUGUCGGUAA